UCAGAGACGUCCAACAAUAAGGUUCAGAUCGAGGAAUACACAGUCCAAUCAGAGAACAUCGAAGACUUCGAGUCGCUCAAAGAGUCAGACGUCGACGAAGAAAUAGCUGAGGGAGGUAAAACACCCACUUGCGUCCAAACUUUCACUGAUGGUAGGGAGCUUAUCAGGACAGCGUUUAUAAGAAAAGGAAUUGACGAGGACUCAGCUGAGAUUAUGAUCAAUUCUAUCACCGAAUCUACUCUUAAACAAUAUCAAGGUCCCUUGAAACUAUGGAGGAAUUUUGCAGUACAAAAUCAGGUGAACGUGUACAACGCAAAAACACCUGACAUUAUAAAAUUUCUAACAACGAGAUUUAACAAUGGGGCCAGUUAUAGCACCUUAAAUACUGCCCGAUCAGCUAUUACCCUUGUUUCUUCCCGAGACAUUCACAAGGAUGGCCUCAUUUCACGAUUUUUGAAAGGUACAUUCAAAAAGAGACCCACUAAACCAAGGUAUAAUACUACCUGGGAUACAUCGUCAGUUCUUACGUAUAUGGAGAAUCUGCAUCCCUUAAGUCAACUCAAACUCAGGGAAGCAACGGAAAAAGUUGCCACACUUCUAGCCUUAACCACAGCUCAUAGAUUGCAGACGUUAUCAUUGAUAAACGUGGAUAAUAUCGUAUUUUCGGAAUCAGGAAUAACCAUUAAGAUACCAGACUUAAUAAAAACAUCGAAACCAAGUACCUCUCAACCUGAGCUGAUUUUACCCUUCUUUAAAGAAAAACCGAGCCUUUGUGUAGCUUCGGCCAUUUUAGAUUACUUAAAAAUUACAAAAGACUUCAGAACAAGGAAAAAUAAAAAAUUGUUAAUCUCGACGAUUAAACCAUAUAAAGAUGCAUCAGCUCAGACGAUAGGUCACUGGAUUAAGUCCUUGUUAAAUAAAGCGGGUAUAGACACGAAAAUAUUCACAGCGUACAGUACAAGACAUGCGGCUGUAUCUGCAGCAUUUAGAAAUAAGAUAAAUAUAGACACGAUCAGACGUACAGCAGGUUGGUCUGCGCGAUCACAAAUGUUCGCAAAAUUUUAUAACAAACCUAUUCUCCCUCCAAAUGAUAAAUUUGCACGCUCAAUACUAGAGAACUAAACAAAUAAAUAAAGG